AUGAAUUCUCUAAAGAAAAAGAAGCAAGAUAUCAUCUGGGGAAAAAAAUGGAGGAACCUUAUACAGCAAAAGGCAAUAAAGGAAGAAAUGAACAAACAAUUGAAGGCAUCUCUAGAAAAGCAAAAGCAAGAGGAAGAAGAGAAGGAGUGCACGUUUAAGCCACAGACAUUAUGGAACCAGAGCUUCAAAAAAACAGUUUCUUUCGUCGAUGAAUUUUUCGUUAAAUUGAAGCCCUACAUAGAGCAACAGCAAGCCUACUUAAACCACCUUAAGGAACUUGAACGCGAUGAUGAAGUUUUUGCUCAAAAAAUUAAGGAAGAACUCAGAACAAUGCUGUCCAAAGCAGUAGACAAAGACACAAUGGAAAGCAUCAUUGAAGGAUACAAAGGGGUCAGAACUAGAGGAAUGAAUAAAGUGAAAAGAGAAAAAUUAGAUAUUCUUUCCAAAAUGAUAAAACUGGAAAGAGAGUAUAACUGUUUUAUGGCUAGAGAAAAUGUAGAUAAAAAGGAUUUAGAAGAAUGUGGAUUUGACUGUGAUUUGGCAGCAAAGUUAAGAAAUGAUAUUUUGAAAAAUUCGUUAUGUCCAAAUUCGUUAAGAGAUUUUGCAAAAAUCAGACUAGAAAUAAAUCAAGUAUUAGAAGAGGAAUUAAAAAAAAGAGAAAAUGAAAAGCAUGCACUCAUUCAUAUGCAUAAAGAGAGCAAUCAGAAAAUCUUACUACAACAUAAUCAAGAUGAUUUCACUAAUCGAUAUGAUUCCUUUGUUAGUACUUCAAAAAAAGGUGCUCAGGAAAAAAGUACCUCCUACACAAAUGAGAGAAAAAUAGUGCAUGUAAAGGAUGAAAAUGUUUACACAGGGAAAACAUACAUCUUAUGCAACGAAGAUAAUGGUGCAUCUACGAGAAACAGAUCAAUGGAAUCCAAGAAAUUCAAUAGAGGAUACAAUAUAAACACCAUGGAACACGUGUCUAAUCAAUCAGAUGAGAACCAUACCCAAGAGUGUAAAAUUGAAGAAACAGACCUUUUUCAAAAAGGUAGUAAAGUAAGCAUGGUGCAUCAUAACAGAAAUGUAACGAACGAUUUUCCUCCCAUUCAUUCUGUGAACAGACAAAUGGAUGUUCUCAACAGGAGUGCCAUUCAAGAAGAAGGAACCAAGUUGGAGCAUAAAUUGAUAAUAGACAGGAAUAUCAAUCAUGCCCACAACACCCCUGACAUAGAUAUACAGAAAAAUAAUUACAGAAAUGUUUACCUCAAUAGUAAUUAUAUGGAAGUCUUAAAAAAUGAAGAUGCGCACAAAUAUGUCUGUUCACUGCAAAAAGAUUUGAAUUCCGUCAAUGUGAUAAUUAUGAAUAACAAUAGAAAUAAAAAUUCUAUCAAUACUGUUCCUAUGAGGAAACAUAAUAGCGAAAGUGUAACUGAUUCGUGUAUUAAAAACGGUGCAUCAUACUAUGGGGAACAAGACGUACUGCAUAUGACUGAAAAAAAUAUGAACAGUUCAGGAAUGAAGAAAAAUGGAUAUUCCAGUGAGGAUUACAAACAAAAGGGCUAUUAUUUUGAAGAAAAAAGUAUAGAAAGAAAAGGUACUAGAUAUAUCGAUAAAAAUACAUACAACAUAAGGAAUGGUAAUAAUUUUUACGAUUUUGAUUUAAAAAAAAAUAAAAAGGAGAAAGUUGCGUAUGAAAUUAAUCCAUUUUACACAAACAACAUGACCACAGAUGCAAGGAAAAAUAUCAUUUCUAUUGAAAAUGGAAAUAGAGCUUUACUCAACAGUGCUCUUCACCCCAAGGACAAUUGUGGACAUCCAAAUAUCCCAUCAAAUGACAACAAGCCUUUGUUUAGCAAAAUAAUGGCCAAGUUUUCCAUUUCUUAG